AUGGGCCAACCACAGCCUCCUUCAGGAGGGUCACGAAAAAUCUCCUUUAAUGUUUCAGACCAGUAUGAUAUCCAGGAUGUGAUUGGUGAGGGUGCUUAUGGUGUUGUCUGCUCGGCGCUGCACAAACCAUCAGGUCAAAAGGUUGCCAUCAAGAAGAUUACGCCAUUCGAUCAUUCAAUGUUCUGUUUACGAACACUACGAGAGAUGAAGCUACUAAGGUACUUCAAUCAUGAAAAUAUUAUUUCUAUCCUCGAUAUCCAGAAGCCUCGAAACUAUGAGAGCUUCACGGAAGUAUAUCUAAUCCAGGAACUUAUGGAGACCGACAUGCACCGCGUCAUCCGAACACAGGAACUGUCAGACGAUCACUGCCAAUACUUCAUCUAUCAGACGCUCAGAGCCCUCAAGGCAAUGCAUUCCGCCAACGUCCUGCAUAGAGAUCUCAAACCGUCAAACCUGUUGCUAAACGCCAAUUGCGAUCUCAAGGUCUGUGAUUUUGGCCUAGCUCGAUCUGCGGCCUCUACAGAUGAUAAUUCUGGCUUCAUGACGGAAUAUGUGGCUACCAGAUGGUAUCGUGCCCCAGAGAUCAUGUUAACCUUCAAGGAGUAUACCAAAGCCAUCGAUGUAUGGAGUGUGGGCUGUAUCCUGGCAGAAAUGUUGAGCUCAAAACCCCUCUUUCCUGGAAAGGAUUACCACCAUCAAUUGACCCUGAUACUGGAUGUCCUUGGCACGCCGACCAUGGAGGACUACUAUGGUAUCAAAUCUCGGCGUGCUCGAGAAUAUAUCCGAUCGCUUCCCUUCAAGAAGAAGAUUCCGCUCAAGCAUAUGUUCCCAAAGACGUCUGAUCUGGCCCUUGACCUGCUUGAGAAAUUGCUUGCAUUCAAUCCUGUUAAGCGCAUCACAGUGGAAGAAGCGUUGAGACAUCCAUAUCUUGAUUCGUACCAUGAUCCAGAAGAUGAGCCGACAGCGAAUCCGAUUCCCGAAGAAUUCUUCAACUUCGACAAGGAUAAGGAUUCUUUGAGCAAGGACCAGUUGAAAACACUCAUUUUCGACGAAAUCAUGAGAUAG